AUGUCUUUACCUUAUUACAUAUCAUCAAGUCCGAUACCAUAUCGUAUUAUAUGUCAUUUAUCUUUAGCAAUUGUUCAAAAUUUAAAAAUCGGAUUAAAUUUUAUUAAUGUUUCUUCUCAUGAUCAAAACAAAACUAAUUCAGAAAUAGUUCGUCUUUUAAUUUAUCAAGAUCAAGAUAACAGUUUAAUUGUUUGUCGCAAUUUAUGUCGUCAUGCUGGAGGAAAUUUUGUUCAUGAUAUUGAAGAUUCACCAGAAAUAGUUCGAUGUAUUUAUCAUGGAUGGAAAUUAAAUGUUAAAACACUAGAAUAUAUUAAGCCAGCCGAUUGUCUUAAACAAAAACAAUUAAUAGUUGAGAAAAAAGAUGAUGGGGAAAGUUUCAUAUUAGAACCAUUGUUAUAUGAACCAUGGACAGUAGAUUUUGAAGAAAAACAAGAUUUAAAAUGCGAUGAAUUGACAAUAUGUUUUUUAAGUCAUGGUUGUGUCGAGAUAAACGCUAAUGGAAUGAGAUUAAUAGUUGAUCCUUGGUUAACAGGUCCGUGUUAUGGGCGAAGUUGGUGGCUAUUGUAUGAAGUUGAUGAUAAUUAUUUUAAUAGAAUUGCAAAUGCUGAUGGUAUUUUUAUUUCAAAAUAUUCUCCAGAUCAUUUUAAUUUACCAACAUUGAGACGUAUUGCCAAAAUAAAUCCAAAUAUUUAUAUUUAUAUUCCAGAAUUAAUGUUAAAUUUAUUUAAAAAUCAAAUUGAACAAUUAGGAUUUGUUAAUGUUAAGAAAAUUCAAUUUGGUAUUUGGAAAGAUUUUAAACUAAAAGAAUCUCGUUUUAUGAUAUUAUCUGAUCAUAAACAUCCACAUAUUGAUACUCUUCUUUUAUUUGAAUAUAAAGGUUAUAAAAUUUUAAAUUUAAUCGAUUGUUCAAGUCCUAACGGAGAUUAUUUACCUUAUUCUGUUGAUGUUUUAUUAACUGAUUUUACUUCAAAUAAAAAUGCUUUUCCAUCGUGUUUUAUAGAACAAUAUGGUGAAGAAAAAGUAUUUGAAAUAGCUAAAACAAAAGAUGAAAUUUUUAUUAAAGAAAUAACUAAAUUUAUUCAAUUAAGUAAUCCUACACUAUGGAUUCCUAUUGGAGGAUAUUUUAUUGAAAUGGGACCUGAUGGCGAACAAAUUUGCCAUCUUAAUUGGAAGAAUAAUCCUUCAAAUGUUGCUCACAUAUUAAAAUCACGUUUUCCUUUCUUGAAAACAUGGUGUCCAUUUCCUGGAGGAAAAUAUGAUGUUGGAACUAAACUAGCAGAUGAACCAUUAAAGCCUUUAGAGAAUUAUUUGAAAAAAUCAUGGAAUUUCCAACCUUAUAUUUAUCAAUUAGAUAAAAGUUUAGAUUUUGAACCAUUAAAAUCAAUGAAAGGAAUUAAACAAUAUUUUGAAUGGGCAUUAUUUUAUAAUUAUGAUCUUAUUUUACAUAUUAUUGAAACAACUAAUGAUUUUUCUCAGAUUCUUCGAGAAUAUUAUGUCGAUUUUCUUGAUUUAAAUCCAGUUUUUCUUGAUUAUAUGCCUGAGAAUCGUCCAUUUCUUCGUAUUCGUAUUCGUGCAUCUGUAAUUCGUGAUAUAUUUAUUCGCGGUUAUUCUUGGAUUUAUAUUUUUAAAGGAUUUAGUGCAAGAUUUUUUGCUCAACCAAAUAUUUAUCAUCGAAAAUUUUGGAAUCAUUUUAAAUAUAAUUUAUCAUUAGAUCCUCCUCAAUGGCAUCAAUUUAAUGAUAAAAUUCCAUCGAAUCUAUUACAAACAUUAGAACAAUGGGAAAUAAAUAACAAAAAAUAG